AUGGGCCUACCCAUCCCACGCGCCACCGCCACCUCCAUCGAGUCACUCUUUCUCUCGCGGGCGUAUGAAGCUACCGUCGCCCACGCCGCCACUGCCUUUGCCGCCGCCACCGCCCAGGACGCCUCGGCCCACGUCUGCCCUGCUGACGCCGCCUGUGCAUGUGCCCAUGUUGCCCUUGCCUGGCUUCAGGCUUUGGUUGUCUCUGGUGCUGACGAAGCCCGCAUCCGUGCUGCUGCUGCUACCAUGUACGGCGAGGGGGACGACGCUGCUUUUCCGCCGGCAGUUGCUGCCUUUAUGGACGACCUCAGCGACACGUUGGCUUCUCAUGGUGCCACCGACGCUCCCGAGUCGGUCUCCCGCCGCGCCGCCGCUGCAAACGUGCGCGUGGUUAUGGACACCCCACCGUGCUCCCCGCUUCCCCGCGCCGGAACGCCCGAUCCGGUCCUGGACGACAUCGAUAUGCCGGCAGACGCCACUGACGCCGGCACACUCUCGCCCGACACCCGCCUUGCCCCGACUCGCCACAACGACGACGCCGACGACCUCGAUCCACUGCCUCGCCUCCCGGAACGCCGCCCGCUGCCGCCGUCGUCGCUCAUGGACCGUCUUGUGGCCAGCCUCGGCCUCUCCGGUGUCGGUGCCGCGCUCGGUGCGCUCGUCGUCGCCUACCUGCUCUCGCGCCGCCUGCAACUCGCCCGCUCGCUAGCGUCGGCACUUUGGCGCAUAGUCCGUGCCUUUCUCUCCAUGAUCGGGGGGGACACUCUCGCCGAUGGCCGCAAGUGGCUGGUGUGAGCGUGUAGUAAAGACGUGCCUUUAUCCCGG